AUGACUAAAAAGACUUUGGAAUUAAUGCGUUGGUGCGAACGUAAAACGGAAGAUCUGAAAUUGGUAGUCGAACGAAUCGUAGAAGAAAUCGCCACACACAGCAAUUGUAUAGUUUUCAUUACUGAUCCUGCUUAUCGUGGACUGAUUGAUGCGCGUGCUAUUGAAAUAUCUUCCUUUUUAUCGCGAUAUGACAUCGCUAUACGUGAUAACGACGAUUUUUCACGGCCGAGAAAAAAAAUAUUAAAUACGCUUCAACAUGUUAAAGCAACAGGUUGCGAUGCGUAUAUUAUACUAAUUAACAAUGGAUUAUUAACAUCACGAUUCCUGCAAUAUGUCGAAGAAAGACGUCUGCUCAACACGCGCGGUUACUUCUUACUUUUAUAUGAUAAUCGACUAUUCAGACCCGAAUUGCAUUACAUUUGGAAUCGAAUUGUCAACGUGAUAUUCUUACGGCAAUACAAUACGUACAAGUAUCGUUCAGGUGAACGGAUUCCUAUGAAACGAAUUGAUCUCAAUACUGUCUAUUAUCCGUCGCAUUCAAGAGAUUUCACGGCGGUGAAGUACGUCGAUACGUGGCAAGACGGCAAACUACGUUAUGGCAACAAUCAUUAUACGCCGAAAACCACUAAUCUUUAUGGAAACAGUUUGCGAAUUGCGGUUUUCGAGCAUAUACCGGCUGUAACGGAAGCAUCGCGAGAUUACUAUCGGCAAAGUACAAAUGCUGCAAGUCCUAAAGCUUUGGGUAUUGAAUUCGAAUUAAUCCGAGUUAUAUCAAAGGCAAUGAAUUUCAAAGCAGAUUAUUAUAUGCCUUCUAAUAUCGCAAAUGAAAGAUGGGGUAAAGCGGGAGAUAACGAUAGCUAUACGGGUCUCCUUGGCGAAGCAAUUGCCGAAAAUGCCGAUUUCUUUCUCGGAGAUCUGUAUUACACGCUGUAUUACCUGAAUUAUUUUGACCUAUCGACGCCGUAUAACACAGAAUGCCUUACAUUCUUAACACCAGAAGCAUUAACCGAUAAUUCAUGGAAAUUACUGAUACUCCCUUUCAGGCUGAAUACAUGGAUAGCAGUCCUUUGCACCCUCUUGACUGGCGGCGGAGCUUUCCACGUGUUUGCGUUGAUCUAUCAGAAAUACAUAGGCUCGCGUGUGUCUCUGAAACAUGACAAAGCGAAUGAGUACGACAGCAUGAAGGGUUUGUAUCUGUUUACCGAGUUCCAGAACAGUAUGUUAUACACAUACAGCAUGUUGCUCCAAGUCUCCUUGCCGCGUUUGCCAAAUGCCUGGACUGUGAGAAUCUUCAUCGGCUGGUGGUGGAUCUACAGUAUCCUAGCAGCUGUCACUUACCGUGCCAGCAUGACAGCGACCUUAUCACAUCCUGUCGCUAAAGUAACCAUCGAUACAUUAGCACAGCUGACGAAGUCAUCGCUAGCAGUAGGAGGAUGGAAUGAGGAGAGCAAAGAGUUCUUCCUUGCCUCUUCGGAUCCACAUAGUCAGGAAAUCGGCAAUAAAUUUGAGUUGACGGAAAACGAGGAGGUUGCAAUCGAUCGGGUGGCCAACGGGACGUUCUGUUACUACGAAAACUCGUAUUUAUUACAGCACGCUCGUGGAAAACGAAUAUUUGAGAAGCAAAAUGGUCAGCAGAAUACAACUGAAAAGAGCACCGAGUCAUCAGUCAAAUACAAUCUACAUAUUAUGGAGGAAUGCGUUGUCUAUAUGCCAAUCGCGUUAGGGCUGGAAAAGAAUUCUCCGCUUAAACCCCACGUGGAUUUAUUGGUACUUUGGGUGAGACGAAUGACGGAAAUUGGUUUGGUACACAAGUGGCUAAGCGACGUAAUGGAAUGGUCGAAGAUCAAUGAAUCACGGCAAAAUUCUCAAUCCGAAACAGCAUUAGUAAAUCUACGAAAAUUAUACGGUGCCCUUACUGCUCUCGGUAUUGGUUAUCUUCUCAGCUUCAUAGCUUUAAUUGGAGAAAUUCUGCACUGGAGAUACAUUGUUUUAAGAGAUCCGAGAUAUGACAAGUAUCAUCUCGAUAUAUUUUAUAAAAACAUCAAUAAAUCUAAAGCUUGA